AUGAAUGUAGAGAAGAAGGCCAAAAAACGUAGUUUGAGCCUUUCAAGAUCCUCUGAGAAGUACAAAACACCCAAAAAGGUAGAUCAUCAAUCAGGUGGGUUGCAAUCUCAAUUAAAUAAUGAAGAAGUGAUAUGUUUAUCAAGCAGCAGUGAAGAUAUACUGACACCGCCAGUAAAAAUAUCUCACUCUGAUCACUCCGUAGUUAAAGACAGUGACGACCUUUCAUUGUCCCAAGAAAAAUCGCAUGAAAAAAAGAAUAAUGUUAAAAAAAACUUGGAUUCCCCUAGCACCAGUGGAGGUUCCACUAUUACAUAUAGCUUAUCACCUAGGACAUCACAACAAACUCCUAGAACACCAUCGAAAACACCAUCCACACCGAAAUCUGGAAAUAAGUUCUUUUCACCAACAAAAAAACGAGCUGUUACUAGCAAAAAUUCAGCUAAAAGAAAUUUGAACAUGCAGUUUAAAGAAAACAAUCAACAAAAUGGUACUAAAGAUGAAACAUCACAGCCUAAGUACCAGGAUGAUAAAACUUUAAAUCUUCUAAAUAUAAUUGAGAAGUAUCUAAAUUGUGAUGAAUUGAAGAGAUUACUAAAAGAAGACUCGCAGGAAAUGCUGUCAAAUUUUACAUUUCUCGAGGAGCCUAGCAUGAGAGUAGUGUGCCGCUUAUUCUGGCGCCAGCCUGGCUGGUACAGAGAAGAACAAAUAGAGGACAUAGCCAGUGGAAAGAAACAAAUAUCUAACCUUAACAAACAUGAAAUAAUAAAGUCCCUUGUUGAUAAUAGAUGGAUUAUAUCUGCACAAAGUCAAGAUGACAGUAAUAUGGGCUUUGAUGAUUAUGUAAAACUGCUCAAGAAACCAGAGCUCUCAGAAAUAUGUAAAGACCUUAAAUUAAAAAUUCAAUCUAAACAAGAUGCUGUGGAUGCUCUGAGAAAGUUUUGCCAGUGUACGGCCAUUAGUAACUUUUUUACUGGCAAAAUGGGCAACAAUACUAGUAGAGUAUUAAAAAUGCUUAAAAUAAAGACUGGCCAUUGUUAUAAAUUAUCAAAUGUUGCUCGAAGUACCCUAUAUGAAUUAUAUGUUCUGAUGUAUAUGGGUAUGAAUUAUUCAAUUAUAAGAGAGAAAAGGUUGGAGCUAAUAUUACUACACGAUAAAGUGAAGAAAGAAACCUAUCCUAUAGAUAAGCAUAUGGUAGUUGAUAAUGCAAGUGUGGUGUUCAGUUCAAGAGAUGAAUUUUAUAGGUACUUUGAGUCUCAUCAAUUAUAUGACAAAUAUAUGGAAUCAACGGAUACUCAAGAGAAGUGUGAUAUCGUAUUACAAGCAUUUAAACUGUAUAAAGAAGUGGCAGAGGAAGAUAUGUUACGUUACAAGUCAUUGCCCCCAUGGUUGCGUAGAUUCACGCCUGCGAAUACGUAUGUAAAAAUUUUGGAGAGUGGUGUUCAGGAAUUGAAGAAAGACAAGUCAGAGAAGAAGUACACCCUCGCGGUGCAGAUACUCGACUCUCUGAUAACUCAACUGGAUUUUAGACAACACAAGAAGUAUAAGUGGUAUGCUGAGAAGGCUCUCAUUUUACACAAACAUUUAGAUCGUACUGAACUGGCUGUUCGUACUUUGCUGGAAGGGUUCAAGGCAAACUUGUCAGAAGAGGCUAAAGACGUUUUGAGACCUCGCGCCAAACAAAUAGCUAACCAGCGCAACGUGGUCCUCAGCGACGAACUGCGACAGUCUUUGCAACAAUACGUGGAACAAGAAUUUAUUUUGGAGAGUAACCUUCCAGCUGACCACGUCUACAAAUUGCCUCUUGACAAUCAUAAGCAGAGGGGAAAGCUCAAAUUCGAGACUCACUUAGAGGACGGAAGAACCGUACUCUCAGCCGAAGAGUACUGCGUUGUACAUUACACGCACAACGGGGAAUUCACGCACGGCGAGCACUGGGAGGGUAGAAUAGUCAACACCAUAUUUUUCCUGUUGUUCUGGGACAUAAUAUACACAAAGCCGGAGGGCAUUCCCGGUAUAUUCAUGAGUCACUACCAGCGAUACCCGUUAGAUCUAUACUCUGGAAGUUUCUACAGUAAUAGAAAGGCAGCCAUCGAUGAACGACUCCAAUUUAUCGAGGAGAGCACUGAUGAAGAGGUACUUGUGAUGAUGCAAAAUCGAUGGGAAGAACGACCUGAAUACGAAGUGUCGGAGAUAUGUCGCAGUAUGGGCUGGGCGGCGGUGGCGGCGGUGGCGCGGUGCCUGGGCGCGCGGGCGCUGGCCGCGGUGUGCCGCCGCCUCGCCAGCGACUACAGCUAUACACAUUCGGGCUUCCCGGACUUGACCUUGUGGAAUGUGCACACUAAACAGAUAAAGUUCGUUGAAGUGAAAACGGACUCAGACAAGCCAUCCAUGAAACAGCUGCAAUGGAUGCAGUACUUGAUAGCCCACAACAUCGCGGCCGGGUUCUGUUACGUGGGGGUCAACACCACUCGAUCUAAAGCGAGGUCGCGCGAUAAUGCACCGAUACUUUGA